AUGACUAGAUACAUACAAUCUCUUGAUUUUGAAUUAUGGGAUAGGAUUGUUGAUGGUCCUUACAUUCUAAUGAAAACUGUUAAUGAUGUUCAAGUACCUAAAGAAAAAAAGAAUAUGAUAAAGAAAAUAGAAGGCAAAUGUCUCUUAAUUGUAAAGCAAUGCAUGUCUUACAAUGUGCUUUUGGACAUAAAUCAGUCCAACAGGAUAUCUAUAUGCAAUUCAGCUAAAGAGAUUUGGGACAAACUUGAAAUAGGUCAUGAAGGAACAAGCCAAGUCAAGGAGUCCAAAAUUGACAUCCUUACCAUGAAGUAUGAGCUAUUCAAGAUGGAGCCUCAUGAAGACAUGAAAGGUAUGUUUACUCAUUUCCCUAUGAAGCAAGUUUGGAGGAAAGUCCUAUGGGCUUUACCUAGUCAAUGGGAAGCUAAAAGAACAGCCAUAAUAGAAGCCUUCAAAAACCAAGAGGGUCACAACCUUGAAGAGCUCAUGGUAUGCCUCUUAACCCAUGAACUUACUAUGAAGACAAGAGAGGAAAUGGAUAGUGCCACAUGCUCCAAAGGUAAGGUGAUUGUCCUGAAAUCACAAGAAGAAUACACAUCAAAUGAUGAAGAGGAUGAGGAUGAGGAGAUAACACUUCUCACUCGAAAGUUUAGAAGAAUAUUCAUCAAAAAGUAUGGCAACAAGAACUCAAACAAAAGGUAUAACUAUCACUCUCAAAAAGGUGAUCAAAACAUGCAAGAAAUUGUUUGUUAUGGAUGCAAUAAGGCUGGACACAUCAAAUCUGAAUGUCCAUAUGCAAAGAAAAAGAAAGAAGAAAAGAAAAAGAAGAAAGCUAUGCUGGCAAUAUGGGAUGAUAGUAGUGAUAAAUCAAAUACUGAUCAAGAGAAAGAUGAAAUCGCCAACCUAUGCCUCAUGGCCAAAGAGGAUAAUGAUGCUGAAGAAGAGGUAAGUGGUUCUAUCUCAUUUGAUGAUUUACUUAGCGCCUAUAAUGAUCUUGCAAGUGCCUUUAUUAAAAUAAAGAAGAGAAACAAACUAUUGAAAAAGGAUAAUGCUAGACAUAUGAAUGCUGUUGAAAUACACAAAGAAGAAAUAAAUAAAAUAGCUUACAAUGAUGAGCAUGAAAAAAUUAAGAAAGAAAAUGAAAAUCUGAAAGUUGAGAUAGAUGCUCUCAAGAAGACAUUCUCUAAAUGUUCAUAUAACAGUGAACAACUUGAGCAUGCCUUGGCAUGUAAAAAUGUGUAUUUGAUAAAGCUGAUCUUAGUUAUGAAAAAAUGA